GCCGGGCUCCCGUAUCCUGAAAGCGGCCGGCCUCGCGCGCAGCGGCUCCGGCUGCCCGCAUCCUCGUUCCAGGAUGCCGGACCAAGCGUCGGGAAACGUCCAGGCCGCCUCGGCUCGCGUGUCCUCGUUUUUCAUCGCCAACCUGCUAGGAAGAAGAGGAGGAGGGGGAGGAGGAGGAGGAGGAGAGGGAGGCCGGCCCGGGCCAGGCCCCAGAGGAGACCUCGGCGGUGCCCCCUCGCCGUUGCGGGAAAACGCCCUGGAGUGGUACCGGCGGGCGCGCAAGGCGUUUAGGAGCUGCGCCAGUCCGGAAACCAGCGACAGGGACUCUCCGGAGAUCACCGCCGAAGGAGCCCCCCAGCCGAAGGCAAGCGGCCAGCAACGCGGGACAGCCCAGCCCAAGCCCGUCGAGGAGAGCGAAGAGCCCGGCCAGGGGCGUCCCGGAUCCGGUGGGGGCGUCUGCGAGAGCAAGCGGCGUCCGGAGGAGCCGGAGGAGGCGGCGGCGGGAGGCGAGGCGCGCGGCGGCGGCGGCGGCGGGCGCAAGAAGAAAACGCGCACCGUCUUCAGCCGAAGCCAGGUGUUCCAGCUGGAGUCCACCUUCGACGUGAAGCGCUACCUGAGCAGCUCGGAGCGGGCCGGCUUGGCCGCCUCGCUGCGCCUGACCGAGACGCAGGUCAAGAUCUGGUUCCAGAACCGGCGCAACAAAUGGAAGCGCCAGCUGGCCGCCGAUCUGGAAGCCGCGCAGCUGCCUCCUUCCACCGCCCAGCGGAUCGUGCGCGUCCCGGUCUUGUACCACGACAGCUCGCUGACGGGGAGCGCCUUGGCCGCCUUGCCGCUGUCCCCCCACGGGCCGCCCCCGCCGCCCCCGCUGCUCAGCCUUGCAGGGGGAGCGGUGGCUUAUCCGCUGAGCGCCUUCCCGGGGGCGGCGGCGGCGGCGGCGGCCCCGUUCUUGAGGGCGCCGGUCAGCGGCCUGGUUUAA